GAUAACUCAAAUCAUUAUCAAUCGAUUAUGUAAACAACGUACGUGUGUCACAUGCCAUACUUCCUUGUUACGACAGUUUACCAGUGAGACCAACCAUCAAUGUCUACCAAUACAUCAUUGUGUGCGAUAUGUGAUCUUCGACAUCUUACCGCAGCGUCCACGCACUGGUGUCCAGAAUGUGAGGAAUCACUUUGCAAUAACUGUAAGGAACAUCACAGCUUUUCGAAAUCAUCACGAGGCCAUCAAGUCAUACAUAUAUCAGAGUACAACAAUUUACCUUCGAUUAUCACCAAUAUUAACUCAUUCUGCCCUUAUCACAAUGAGAAGUACACACAAUACUGUGUAAAGCACGAAGUUCCUAUUUGUUUUAAAUGUAUCAAAGAACAUGGCAACUGCAGUGAUCUGGCUCUUCUAGAAGAUCUUGCACGAGACAUAAAAUCAUCAGAGUUGUUCCGAGAUAUGGAACAAAGCUUGAAUGAUCUGAAGGUCAAUUUCAAUAAAAUUCGAGAAAACAGAGAGUACAAUAUUUUAACUAUUAAAGACAAGAAGAAGCAAAUCGUCGAAGAUGUAAGUUGUUUUAAAAAGCAGAUAAACUUGCAUAUUGAUAAGCUGCAAGAGGACUUUUUGAAGGAACUUGACAAAGUAGAAACUGAAUGUUGCGAAAAGAUCUAUUCAACUGUUUCUUCUAUCAAUGACCAAUAUACUGAAAUAAUUCAGUACAACGUAGAAAUCGAAAACAUAAAUAAAUAUGCUUCCGAUCUACAAGCCUUCCUGGGCAUGAGAGAAAUCCAGAAGAAUAUAAACACAAGCGAGCACUGCAUUCAGUCUAUGGUUCAAAAAAAGAAUUUAGAAAGAGUCGGGUUAGAUUUUGAUAUCGAUACUAAGUUACGAGAGUUUUUGACUAAUGUUCGAAAAUUUGGUUCCAUCUUAGUUGAUAGCUGCCAAACUGAUAACAUCGAAUUAGUUAGGAAGAAAGACAGACAAGCUCAGAUAUUGGCAACAGAGGAACAGUCUAUAAACAAUAUAAAAUUAAAUUUCAAGCGGAAACUAAGAACGUCAUGCAACAUAACAAAGGGAUGUUGCGUUACUGCGAAAUGUGAAUACCUUUUCACAGAUUAUAAUGAAUGUAAUGAGAAACUUGUGGUAUUGAACUCAAAUGGUAAGGCUGUAUAUACCAUCGAUCUUUCAGAGCCAUAUAGCGCAUUCGAUUUAGUAUGUAUAGACGACAAUAUAGUAGCUGUAAGUACAGGAUAUUCAAAUGGAAAUACUGGUGUGAUUAUUAUUGAUUUGACCACUAGAAAAGUAAAAAGGUUCGUUAAAUUACCUUGUACACCCUAUGGUAUUACUUUCGAUGGUGAAUCUGUGAUUUGCUGCUCUGACGGAAAUGACAUACAUAUUUCAAUGAAAGAUUUUUGCUGUACAGAUAUCCCAAGCCCGUGUAUGUCUCAAGACUCGUACAUUGCAAAGCAAGGUGACAAUACUGUCUAUAGCGUACCAGAUGCGAAUAAAGUAUUUUGUUUAGAUGAAGGAACAUUAGUUUGGGAGUUCAAGAAUGAUAGUGUUUUAAAGAAUCAAGGAGGGAUUACUGUAGACGAUAAAGGAAAUGUUUUUGUCGUUGGGAUGAGUUCUAAAAAUAUCGUUGUGAUUUCUCCUGAUGGUAAACAACACAAAGAGAUACAAAUAAAGGAAUGUGGUCUCACUGAACCCAGUACAAUAUGUUUUGACAAAAUAAACAAACAAAUGCUCGUCACGAACGUAUGUAAUUUCGCACAUCUUUAUGACAUUUCCUAUUGUUGAAUUUAGUCUUAUGACUGAUGCACCCGAUGAUCAAAUUAUCAUCUGGCUACUUGUGUAGUCAUAUGACAUGUUUAUGUAGCGCGCAUGCCAAAUGACUGUUAUGUUUAUUUCUUUAACCUAUAUUUGGCACAGAUGUUUUUUUCAUAAUUUAGUUUUAGGUAUUUGUAAUAAAAUUUUCUUGAUAUUUUCAGCUCAUGAUCAUGUUUUUAAUAUGUUAUCACUAUUACUUACACGAUUUUGCAUUUAAAGAAUUUAAAAAUUGACCUCUCUUUACAACUUGGUAAU